ACGUGGGUUGGGCGUACCUGGCCAUUGUUAAUGAAUGUCUAGUGAGAGAGGGUGGCCGCAGCAUUCGGGCGCGCAAUCCUGCAGCACCAGAGAGCAAAUCUCUUCAGCCCCGAGCGUGGAGAGGACGCGCGCUGUCAGUGGCGGUGGGAGCCAACAUUGACGCUUGCUUGAUUAAGGACGCGCUCAGGCGUGGGAAUUUGACGGCGUGCGCGAUGAGGGUGUCUCUCGUGGACGCGGCGCACGUGCGGACCCGCUAGCGGACAAGGCGCGGACAUGCGGGUGUUGGGCUGGAGCGUGCUGUGGGCUCUGGCUGCGGCCCUGCGAGCCCAGAACGACACGGAGCCCGUCGUGCUGGAGGGCAAGUGUCUGGUGGUGUGCGACUCCAACCCGGCCGCCGACUGGCGGACGUCCAACUCGCCGCUCGGCAUCUCGGUGCGCGCCGCCAACUCCAAGGUGGCUUUCUCGGCGGUGAGGAGCAACAACCACGAACCCUCCGAGAUGAGCAACAAAACCAGGAUCAUCUACUUCGACCAGGUUCUCGUAAAUAUUGGAAACUUCUUCACAUUUGAGUCCGUCUUUUUGUCCCCAAGAAAAGGAGUCUACAGUUUUAACUUCCAUGUCAUUAAAGUGUACCAGAGUCAGACCAUACAGGUGAACCUAAUGUUAAAUGGGAGGCCUGUCAUCUCAGCCUUCGCGGGGGACAAGGAUGUAACCCGCGAGGCUGCCACAAACGGAGUUCUGCUCUAUCUGGAAAAGGAGGACAAAGUCUACCUGAAAUUGGAGAAGGGCAACCUGGUCGGGGGAUGGCAGUACUCGACAUUUUCUGGCUUUCUCGUCUUUCCGCUGUGAAAAUUAAGAAAAGAACAACAGUUUGUAAAUUGACUGACUCUUCUUUCGUGAUGUGUCAUUGCUGUAUAAAACAAAACAUGA